AUGCCUGGCCUACCGGCUAGUAUCGAUCUCGACGAGUGUAUUGAGAGGCUGUACAGAAAGGAAUUGUUAGCGGACUCGGUGAUUGAGGCGAUAUGCGCAAAGGCGAAAGAACUGUUGAUGAAGGAGAGUAAUGUGGUUCACAUUGCGGCUCCCGUCACAGUAGUUGGGGAUAUCCAUGGGCAGUUCUUUGACAUGAUUGAGAUAUUCAAAAUUGGAGGGUUCUGUCCGAAUACAAAUUACUUAUUUCUGGGCGACUACGUGGACCGCGGUCUAUUCAGCGUGGAGACGAUCUCCCUUCUUGUCUGUUUGAAACUGAGAUACCCCCAACGAGUCCACCUCAUUCGCGGGAAUCACGAAUCGCGUGGCGUCACGCAGUCGUACGGCUUUUAUACCGAAUGCGCACGAAAAUACGGGAAUGCGAAUGUCUGGCACUACUUCACCGAUAUGUUCGAUUUCCUCACCCUGAGUGUGGUGAUUAACGAUCAAAUAUUUUGCGUGCAUGGCGGUCUUUCGCCAUCGAUCCAUUCGAUAGACCAGAUCAAAAUCAUCGACCGGUUCCGCGAAAUCCCACAUGAGGGCCCUAUGGCGGAUUUGGUCUGGUCGGAUCCGGAUACGGAACGGGAUGAGUUUUCCCUUUCUCCUAGGGGGGCCGGAUAUACAUUUGGAGCGCAGGUCGUUCGAAAAUUCCUCGAGGUGAAUAGCAUGUCUCAUAUCCUGCGAGCGCACCAGUUGUGUCAAGAGGGCUACCAGGUCCUCUACGAUGACCGACUGAGUACUGUUUGGAGCGCACCCAACUACUGCUACCGAUGCGGGAAUCUUGCCAGUGUCCUGGAGGUUAGCGACACCGGUGAGAGGUAUUUCAAUAUAUUUGAUGCGGCUCCCGAAAACGAUAUCCAUCGCGGGGAACAACAAGCGCAACAGAGCAAAGACGGCCAAAACCCUGUCAUCGACUACUUUCUGUGA